GUUGAAAGAUCGGGAGCUUUUGUUCGCAGUCUCGGCUCGUAGUUUCAGUAUAGCGCGCCGCACUCCGUCAUACAGUCGCAUGUGUACUUUGCGCGCAACUCAUUCCCUAUAUCCGCUAGUGCAGUCAGCUGCAGUUUUGCUAUAUUACGCCUGUAUUUGUAUACCUAUAUACAUAUGCAGACGAGCAAGUCACAAGUGCCAGCAUCGCGUGUGCGAGCUAAAGCCGUCUGCCAGUAGUACCUCAGUCAGCUCCACCAGUGCCGCCCGCGCGUACACAUUGACACUCGCGUCAACACAUUUACAUGCCCGUAUAGCAGGUAUAUUUGUACAUAUACAUCAUUAUUGCGACAGUUUUGUAAGUUUACGUGUGAUAAACUUGUGGUCUGCGCGCAAGCGUACUUCGCUAAUACUGCAUCAGCUCCGAUUCUUUCCAAGUUUCGACUCCUGGCUGCUGGCUCUCGAUGCUCGCAGCAGCUAGCAGCAGCUUUUUCAGCUCAUUCACUGAUCAUUAUCAGCGACGCCAGUCUCGACUUAUUUUUAUUUGCUCAUCUCGAACCGUUGAUGCUGUUGCUGCUGCUGCUGCUGUCACUGUCACCUUGUCUAUAUGCCUUCUCUGACACCUGACCGUGCAACAUUACACCAAUUCUUUAAAACAUUGUAAACAAUGUUUUGAACAUGGCGAGCUGCGAAAAACAGCUGAUCAGGACUGCUCAUGGUGUCUACCUCUAAUUAUUGGCGCGAAACAGAGCAACAGCUCAAUGUCAAACGUUUCUUCGGGACAAGCAGAAGAAUGUCUCGAGAAACUAGAAUUUACAAGGCCUUGAUCCCCUCGCACAGUCGGACUACGUUCGGUAAGAGUCAAUAGCACUUGAGAAAAUUCGCUGCAUUCCAACGCCCAAAAGUUUUCUCCAAAAUCAUGUUGCUCUAAAGUUCGAAAGCUCCGAGCUUUUCUGCUUCGCUUCGAUUCAGUUUCUCAUAACUUUUUCGCUUGUUGGUGCUCGUCUGGCAAUGGCUAUUGCUGUUAUUGCAAUAGCUUCUCAGUCAAUAUGUCCAAGUCCGCGUCCGACAAACGUCACUCUUCUGUUAGUUUCACUCGUGCCAAGGAUGAUAUCGGUGAUGCAGACGAUGAAAUCCACAUGAGUUUGGCACCGUACCUCGAAGACUACUUAGCCUAUGGAGGCCAUGGACCAGGAUGUUGUGGUGUUGGUCUACCGAUGCCCUUUGAAAGAGCUGCUGCCAGAUGUUGGUGGAAUCCAAAGUUUGAUUCUGAAAGCCUUGAAAAAGAAUAUAAAAAUAAUGCUUUCCCCCAAAUUAGAUUGCGCUUCAGAUAUGCAUUGUUAUAUAUUUUACUGGUUUCACUAUCAUGGUUUAUUUACUUUACUGUAUUAGGAAUAGAAAAUAAUAGCCAAUAUUGGUCAAUCUCAGCUAUUUUAUUUGGAUUUCUUAGUUUGAUAACUACCAUUAUGUUAUACAUUACUUUUAAAAAUUGGUAUAAAAAAUGUGUAACAAUUAUGUCAGUAGUAAUUGCAAUAGUCCUCUGCAUUGAAUCAUUGGUUUUAUUGAUUUGUGUUCCACCUCAGAUUGAUGGAUUAACAAUGGUUGGACAUUUUACUUUGUGUGCUGAAAUUUUAUUACUCGUCUAUACUGUUUUACCAAUGCCUUUAUAUGCUUGUGUCCUAAUAUGUGUUUUAUACUCAUCAAUAUUUGAAUUUUUGACCAAUUAUUUAUAUGUAUAUGAAGACACAAAGAGUCAGUAUGUGGUACCUGUUGAAAACACAAACAGUUCUCGUGGAGUAUACCGAAGAAUUAUUGCAAUGAGCAAUACAAUUAUUUCUAGUUUGGACUCAAAUAUCACCCAGUCAAAUUUUUCUACAAACACAACAGAUUCUACAUAUAUCGGUGAAGUCUUCACUGCAGAGAAUUUUGAUAUGGGCACUAACUUAACUAUUCACAUCAUAUUACAGUUAUGCAUUCAUAUAAUUGGUUUGCACAUUCUUGUAAUGACGUUUGUGCGAAUGCGAGGAACUUUUAUGAAAGUUGGUCAGUCUCUUUUUGUACGUAAGCAGCUUGAAAUGGAGAAGAAAUUAAAAGAGAAAAUGAUACAUUCGGUUAUGCCACCAAAAGUCGCUGAAUGGUUGAUGGCGGAAAGCGAGAGUAGACGAGAGAGACAAGACUCUUUAAAAAAAGGAUCGAUACCGUCAAACAAUUCGGACAUACGCUCUUUAUUUCGACCUUUCAACAUGCAUUCUAUGAAUAACGUGAGCAUAUUAUUUGCGGAUAUCGUUGGCUUUACCAAAAUGAGCAGCAAUAAGACAGCUGAAGAGCUUGUAGAUAUACUGAACAACUUGUUUGAGCGCUUCGACGAGUUGUGCAAGUCAAACGAAUGCGAGAAAAUCAGCACCCUUGGGGACUGUUACUACUGCGUGAGUGGUUGUCCUGAGCCAAGAGACGACCACGCCAAAUGCUGCAUAGAAAUGGGACUAGCGAUGAUCGAAGCGAUAAAACAAUUCGACGAGGAGCGAAAGGAAGACGUGAACAUGCGAGUCGGAGUUCACACGGGCUCGAUACUCUGCGGUAUCGUCGGCACAAAGCGUUUCAAAUUCGACGUCUGGUCGAACGACGUAACGUUGGCCAAUCAUCUCGAAAGCACCGGUCAAGCCGGUCGAGUUCACAUCAGCGAAAACACGCUCAAGUUCUUGAACAACGAGUACCUCGUCGAGGAAGGCAAACCCACCAAGCAGAACAAUUCGCCGAAUGCACCAUAUAUAAAGACGUACUUUAUAACUAAACGAAGGGCGGACGUCGUGAAGCAGUUCGAUCAGAAUGUGAGUCAUGAGCAGGCGACGGAUACAACACCCCGUCAACGAUUGGCAUCCUGCGGCAACAAAUCCCGGCCUCAUUAUCUGCACAUGGUCACGAAUCCCAGCAGCUAUCGCAACAAGGCCAGCUCCCUGCCAAGUAUUCUAGAUUCGGAUAACGAUGCCGAGUCUACUACGACCGCCGCGGCUUCCGGAGUCGAGCCCGACGAUAGCGACAAGUCGCAUUCCUCGACUCCUUGCAAGAAAAAGCGCCACAAUCCUUGGAAAUAUCUGCAAAGACAAAGAACUACCGAAGAGAUGUCUCCGCUUGAAAUGGAGAGGCGUGAAGACAGCAUCAGCAAGAACUUCGUCAUCAGACCCGAAGUUGCGCAAGGAUUACUUGCCAAUAUGGCUAAUCCUGAAAGUAUCGAUGGAGACGUAGAAGAAGAGCUCAAGUCUUUCAAUAUUUGCUCAUCCAGAGUCAAUGAAGUUGAUUCGAAUCCUAUGCCUUCUAGUCCUUUGUUAACGGGACAGGACUCGCUGAGUCACGCAUCGUCUAUCUGUAGCAGAAAAGAUUCGGGUUUCCGGAGUAGAAGAAGCAGCAUACAGCAACAGAUAUAUCAAUGUUCUGAUCAGUUGUACCUGAUGAAUGUCAUCAAUAAUCCUAACGAUUUACUGGGGCAAAGAGUUAGCGGUUAUCACUCAAGUUCGACGAUCGAUUCAGCCAACGAAGUUUCAUCGUCGAUUCUUCCAAACCCAUCUUCACCUGGAGUUAGUGAUAAUCCUGAAUUUCGUGAAUGUUUUCAAAAUCUCCGUAAGCAGUCUGACCUGCAAUUAAUCAAAUUAAUACAAGAUAAUGUUAUGUCACAACGCUCAUACUUCGUUAACCCUCCGUUGUCUAAAACAACGCUAUUUUUUAAAAACAAGGAAAUGGAAAAAGAAUAUCGGCAACGAGCACAUAUUGCAUCUGAAGAAUCGUCUUGUACUCCACCGACUUUAGCCACUCCGCGUUUUAAUACGUACUUCGAUAUUUGGGUAUCCGCCAUUGUAUAUACAAGCACAUCGUUUUGCUUGUAUUUACUUUGUGAACCGAGUAAGCUCUUCUACAUAUUUUUGGGCUUAGCUACGCUGAUACAAGUUGUAGCCGUUUUACUUUGCCUUCAUCGAUUAGUUAAACCAAAAUCGACCCCUGGAACAUUUUCUUACCUGGCAGCUCUUACCAGAUGGUAUCCUUGGCAUGCGUUGGGUGCUUUUUUCGUUGGAUUACCAAUCGCUUCAAUUCUGAUAAAUUUUUCGUGUAACAGUUUUUUUUCAAACUUUUUCCACCUUGAAUAUCAUUUCAAUCUUCUUAUUGUUGUCGCUCUUGUGCACUUCUGCAAUUUUACUCAACUCAACUGUUGGAUGAAAAAUUUUUUGGUCUCCGUGUUUGGAUUGUUAUUUUUAAGUUUAAUUAUAUAUAACAACAGCCACGAUUCGCAAAUGUUUGUCAACACUCGGCUCAAUAUUUCAAAAGGAUUUGACAUCGAGACAGACUCUGAUAAUACGUCGACAAUACUUUCUCGAAUACUUUUAAAUCAUUCAAUGUUAAGUUCUGCUAAUCAAACACCUAUUUUAGAUGCCUCGUUUCUCGAUGUUGCACAAGAAUACACCACACGCUUAUAUAAGAGGGAAAUUUUUCUAAAUGUUUUUCUUAUUUUACUAUUAGUUUGGUUCUUGAAUCGCGAAUUCGAAAUAAGUUACAGACUUAGUUUCCAUGGAAAUUCUGUUGCUGCUUCAGACAAAACUUGCGUUCAAACUAUGAAAAAUCAGGCUGAAUGGCUAUUACACAAUAUAAUACCUAAAGAUGUGGCUGAUACGAUAAAAACUACAUCUAAAUAUUCACAAAAUCAUAAAAAUGUCGGUAUCAUUUUUGCAAACAUUGUCAACUUUAAUGAAUUGUACGAAGAAUCUUAUCUGGCCGGUAAAGAAUACUUGAGAGUGUUGAAUGAGCUUAUAGCCGAUUUUGAUGAGCUACUAGAAAAACCGGAAUAUUCAAACGUUGAAAAAAUUAAAACAAUUGGAGCAACUUUCAUGGCCGCUAGUGGUUUAAAUCCAAGAAUACGUGAACAAAAUGAGCACGAAAAUACGCACCUUCAUCAGCUUAUGGAUUUUGUUGUGGAACUGUUCAAAGUAUGCAAUGAUUUCAAUCGUGAUCUCUUGGGAUUCAAACUGGUCAUGCGAGCAGGAUUCAACUACGGCGACGUUACUGCAGGUGUUAUUGGUGCCACUAAACUUUAUUAUGAUAUUUGGGGUGACGCGGUAAACAUUGCAUCUCGUAUGGAUUCCACGGGUGUCCGCGGUGAAAUUCAAUUUCCUAAAAACUGCCUUGACGUUGUAAGCGAAUGUUAUAAUUAUGAACCUCGGGGUACAGUUUUUGUAAAAGGUAAGGGAGAUAUGGAAGUAUUUCUCAUGAAAGACAAAAAAACCAAUAAUUUUGACAAUAUAGAAAAAUAAGAUUCGUGACAAUUAUUGUCACGAGUUUGUAUGGGCCUUGAAAAAUUUCAUUCAUGGGGGUAUUUAUUUAACAUGGAGUAUUUUGGAAAAACUUUAUUCAUUGAAAACUUGAAGAAUUUGAUAGUGAAUGUACUUGAUACUACUGUUCAGUGGAACAUGAAUGAGUAUGUUGAAAAUGAAUGUUCCCUAUUCAAUGGUUACUCUAAAGAAUUUUACUGUGAUAAAUAUAAUUGAAAAUGCCUUUAUUAGAUUUUGCAAAACAUUUUUAUCGAAUUUUUGGAUAUCAAACUCUCAAUUAUGCUCUGUGAAACUAAGCAGAUAAAAAUAACGACAACGUGUGAAAACUCACUACAAACUUUAUAAAUAUAUUAUUUGUCGAUGUCAUUUACAAAGAGUAACACGUUUACAGUUUUUGGUAAUUUAACCGUGCUACUUUUCAUAAAGGGCAUCGUUUAUAUAUUCCUAUAAAUAUUCUAUUUAAAUAGUGCAUAUAGUUUAUUGCAAGGGUCUUGAAUAUGUUAGUUAAGAUGGUAGUAUUAAUUGUAAGAAAAAUUAUAUUUACGUAUUUGUAAUUCGUGUUCGAUUGUGAUAAACGAACGCCUUACUUUUUCUCGUCGGCUGUCUAAAAAUGAACUUUAUUGUUAUAUAUCUAUUUAGAAAAUUGAUGUACAUUUUUUUGUAAAUAUUAAUGUACAUUUGUCAAAGUAUAUUCGAUUCAUUUUCAGUUGCAACAUAUAAAGCUGUCGCCGACGAACAUUUUGUAAUUAUAACAUAUUAAUUUAGAGCUAUAUAAUAAGCUUCCAUAUUGAGAAUACUUCGUUUGUAAGUGUAAAUAAUUUUGUAAAACAAAAUAGAUUUAUAUUAUCAAUAAACGUUUAGCAUCGAUUUAUUGAUGUUUGGAGCAUAGUUAAGGGUGUUAAAAAGAAUUUUAUUUUCGCAUAUACUAUGUACGUUAAUGAUCUCUCAAAGCCCUUUAAUUAUAAUGUAACUAAGAUAAUGAUUGGGUACCUAAGAUAAUGAUUGAAUUACGAAGAUUACUAGAAUCUCGUUGUCUAAACUCGAUAUGAAAAAACGAAUGAAGAUUUAUUUUGACUAUCACCUAUUGCGUACUUAAAAUAAAAAUUGCGCCUAAGUCAAUGAA